AUGAGGGACCGCCUCACUCAGGGGGGAGCUGCUGUGCGCAUCCAUAAUGUCCAGGUUUCUGACAAUGGGCUGUACACCUGCUUCUUCAGAAAGGGAGGUUUCUACAACGAGGCCAUUUUGGAGCUGAAGGUGGCAGGUGUGGGCUCUGCCCCUGCAGUGCGCAUCACAGGCCCGGAGGAGGACGGGGUCCGCGUGGUGUGCACGGCCUCGGGGUGGUUCCCGAAGCCCCAGGUGCAGUGGAGAGACCUCCAUGGAGGGAAGUUCCUGGCGUUCUCUGAGGCCCACGCCCAGGAUGCUGAAGGGCUGUUCAGUGUGGAGGCCACUCUGGUGGUGAGGGACAGCUCUGUGGGGAAUGUGACCUGCUCCCUCCUCAACCCUGUCCUGGGCCAGGAGAAGGCCAUGGCCAUUUUCAUCCCAGCGCCCUUCUUCCCCCAGGCGUCUCCCUGGAAGCUGGCUUUCUUGGUGAGCCUGACUGUGCUGAUGAUCCUGCUCCUUGGGGCUGGAUGUUACACCAGGAGAGAACAUUCCACAAAGUUGCAGGAGGUUGCGAAAAAGAAGAGUCUGUGCCUGGAUAAGGAGCAGGACCAGCGGGAAAAGGAGGAGGCGCAGAAGGAGAUCGGUGAACUCCAGGCCCAACUUGCCUGGAGGAAGUCAGUGUACCUGGCUGCCUGGAGGAAGGCCCAGCUGUAUGCAGAUUGGCGGAAGGAGAAGUUCCAGGCCUGUCCUGUCACUCUGGAUCCAGGAUCUGCCCAUUCAGAGCUUGUCAUCUCUCAUGAAAAGAAAAGUGUGGCCUGGAAGGACUUCAAUAAUGCCUCAUCAGACACCUGCAGCGUACUGGGCUUUGAGGGCAUCACAGCCGGGCGCUGGUACUGGGAGGUGGAGGUCAGGGAUGGAGACAGAAGCGAGUGGGCUCUGGGAGUCUGUAGGGAAGGUGUGAACAGGAAAGGUUGGUACUUUGAAUUACCAGACAGGGGGUUCUGGGUUUUGGGUCGAUUUGAAAGUGGAUACUGUGCCCGUACUAACCCUACAACUGAUCUCUUCUGUAGGCAACCCACCACGGCAAGGAGGUUUGGCUUUGAGAGGAAUUCUCUGAAGGGUCAGCUUCAGAAGAGAGACUUCGCUCGCCUCUUCCACAGCGAACAGCAGCUGUAG